CCCACAGGGUUUGGCUAUGGCUGGCACAGGCCAUAAGGAGAUGCCCCCUGAGUCAGAGAAAGAACUGAAUCCAGCUGAAGAUGGAAAAAACAUAGCUGAGCAAGAGGCACCACAGCCAGCUGCACAACAGAUUGCUGACGAGGAGGUGGAGAGGGAGCAGCUCCUCAACUAUGAUGCUAAGCAGAGUGACUCGCCUCCUGGACAGGCUGACCAACAAGCACGUGAAGCACUGAAUGAAGACAAAGAUGUUGACUACAAUUUAGAUGAGAAUGAAGCUGAAUCAGAAACAGACAAGCAAGCUGCACUUGCAGGCAUUGAAACUGGUCAAAAUUCUCAAGAAAAAAUAUGAAGAACCACUUGACCAAACUGGAACACAGAGGCUGUGAACAAGGGAAAUUCAUGAUGCAUCUUAAUCAACUCUUCCUGUAAACGCAGCAAUGGCCAGAGCAAAGUGAUUUAAGAAUGUUUGAUUAUCUUUUUGAGGCUUUGAUAAAGGCUCAAAUGAAGUAGUUUGUUGUGAAGUUUUAGUACGGUUUCGGGGUGAAAAAAUUAUAUAUCUCAAGGCUUGUUUUAAGGCAGUGUGACCUCUGCAAUGAGACUUUUCUUCCUCCUGAUUAUAAAAUAAAAAACAGCUAACAAGCACCGUAGUAACUUUGAAGUCAGCUGACAUGUAUAGUCAUGCUACAAUAACAUUAUGCAUGGACUGGUGGUAGGUGGGAAAGAGUCCUCUGGCAAAGAUGAAAUUUUCUCCUGAGCAGUGCAGUAGAGAAAUCCUCAUCUUAGUUUUAAGAGUGAGGAGCUAACUUACUUUGGCAAAAUACGGGAAACAUGAAAAAUGUCCUGUGCUGCAGUCUGCUCUCAUGCCACUUCUGACAUUAUUUUACUGCAAUGUGGAUGGAACUCAGAGAGGAUGAUUGUAAUUCUGAGAUAUGACAUGGCAUUAUAUAUUUUCCUUUAUUUCAUAAAUGAAACUUCUAGCUUACAUAAUCUGUACCAGGAAUGAAUAGCUGUCCUGGUUUUAUUCCUAGGUUUUCUGUUAAAAAUAGAUUCUAGUAAUAGAAUAUUCUUAAGAGAUUAGCAGGAGCGUUUCCUGAAAGCCUUACUGGAUGUCUCUUCACAAAAUUAGAGGUGCCACUAGCUUAUGCAGAGAUCAGUCAGACUGACUUCUGAACUUGUGAUGUGAUAGGCCUUCGGCAGGGUUGUGCUACUUCUGUCAUCCCUCUGCUGAAACAGUAUCUUUCACUGAAGAGUAGAAAGGAAAUGCCUGCCUUAUGGAGUAGCAGAUUCAGCUGUCAAAAAAUGUCUUCUCUGAUGGACUUUUGAAGAAGGCGGACCAGGUUGUGCAUUUUAUUGCCCACAGUUGAAACAGUAGUUGAUGUGAUGUGCUGUGUUACACACAGCACUUUAUUAUCAUGUUGUUGUUAUUCUGUAGUCUUUGAAUUUUCUGCAGCUUGUUGAACUAGUUCACUCUGGAGAGCCUAGAAUAUGCAUGGCUGCCACUGAAACACCUUUUAACUUCAAAUCUCACCUUUGUUGCUUGUAGCCAACUGUUUUGAAGAUUGCAUUUGUCUGCUUUUAAGACCAGCCCCCAUGUUUGGAGCAGUCUCCAUGAAUAUGAACCAACAGCCACAUGAUAGUAUGGGAGAAGUCAGACACAAAUGACUUCCCAACCAACAGUUUCAUUUAAGAAUACAGAAAUUUAUCAUGGCUUUCUCUUAAUGUACUUCAUAUCAUAAAGUUAUAGUGUAUCAUUCUUUAAAUGCGUUAGUUAACUACUCCUGUACCUUAAGAUGCCUAAAUGUGCAAAUAGAGGGCUGGUUUGUUUGUUUGUUUUUUGUUUGUCAUUCAGAGUUGUCAUUUAGCAAAAGAAGCAGGAGCCAUCAAAUGGUUCACUGACAGACUUGCCAAGUGUGACAUGAAUUGAAAGAAGAACUACCCUCUGUUACUGAGUUACUUUCUACUGUGUAUUAUCACCAUUUAAGUCAGAUUUUACAGUGCUGGACUAUUGCAGUCAGUAAUAACAGUGAAAGCAAAUAUUUUUAAGCAGUAGAGGAUAUACGAGCAUUUCUUCUAAAUGACAGAUGUUGAAAAACUUGGGGAUAUUUCUGUAUUGCUGGUUCUUUUGCUUUAUCUUUUGUAAAACAUGGUAUGCUUUGGCAUCAGAAUGUUUACAUGUAUUCAGAGUAGAGUGAGCAUGAUUUUAGGACUUAAUCUGUAAACUGUUAUUUAGCUGAGAUUAAGUUAAUCAGGAAUUUCUGAUUGCAGAACUGUACAUUUUAACACUAUGAAAUGUACAGUGAAAUGCUGUGUUCAAGUUGAACAAAUACUUGAACUUGAAACUCCUAAAAUCCUGAAUAAAGCCCACAGUUCCUUAAUGCAAUUAAUAUAUUGCCAGAGAAUUCUUUUAGAAUAGUUCAACUGCCUGACCACUUUCGGGCUAACAGAAAGUUAAAGCAUAUUACUGAGGGCAUGCCCAAAUUCUCUUGAACACUGACAGAUAUGGGGCACCAACAACCUGUCAAGGAACACUGUGGCAGAGUCCAACCACUCUUGGGGUUAGGAAAUAGCUGGCAGCAUUUCUGUACAGUGCCUAAAACCUGGCUGGGCUUCUUGGUAGCCAGAUAGGUGGCGUCCUUCCUGUAAACACGACCUCCUUUAUGCAAAGCACAAUUGCUGUACCUCUUACAGUGGAAGGCUGAAAACCUGUGUCAAAGCAAUGUUCAUAAACAUAGCAGAAUAAUGUCCUACUCUCAGUAGCUUCAAGUGCUACAAGAAUGUACCUGGGGUCAUAAAUUUUUAAUAGACAAGGGACUGUUGUGUCUACUAUAUGGAACUUUAAAGGACUUACUUAAUGUAGUUGAACAAAACAAUAUUCACUUGGAACUGUGAUUAACAAAAUGUUUAUCACCAAUUUUUUUAUGUGCAUGAGGGUGGGGAAGCUGCUUGUCUAAUUUUCCUGGGCUUAAAUUCACACUUGUCCCCACUGUUUUUUACAAAGUCUGGUCCAUUUAAGUAUGCAUUUUAAAAUAAAGAGAGUCUUCUCUAAUGUCUGUUACCUUAUUCUGUACUGUUGAUACACUUGUAUUGUUAAUGAAAAUGGAAAAGAUGAUCAUUCAAGUUUUUUGAGUUCUGUGAACAUUGUGGAAUUUACUUGGUGUCUCUCUUAUUUGCUGCAUCUUUUGGAGAAAUACGGAAAGCUUUUCCUGAGCCACUGGUAUGCAGUUAAAGAUUUUGAAGACUGGAAGGAUUUCUAUAAUUGCUUACAACAAGGUAGCAAAAGGUGAAUUUUUAGUGGCCUACAGUACCACCAGUUGGACAUUUCUGCAACUACAUGUUCUGGCAUUUCCGUUCCUCUGGCAAUGAUGUAGAAGCAUUCAAGUAAAUAAAUCAACUAUAAAUCAAGAUGAUAAGCAAACA